GUUACUCAACAGUUAGCUCUGAGGACAGUGAUGAUAUCUUGAAAUGAGGAGGGAUGUAGAUGAAUGAUAAAAGUUGAAACAAUGCUCUCAAUUUAGUCACUAACAGAGACAAAGGAGCAGGUGAACAUGAUGCAUGUAGACGUAGUGACACUGACUGCCAUCGUUCUGUGCUUCCCUUUGCUCACAUUAUGUGACCCACUAUAUGUUCUGUCAGCUCCUAAUUUGCUGAGAGUGGGUUCCUCAGAGAAUGUGUUUGUGGAGGCUCAGGAUCACACUGGAGGAAACCUGAACGUAAGGAUCAUAGUAAAGAACCACCCAAAGAAGAACCUGGAAAUACUGUCCAAAACAGUGACACUGACUGCAGACAACAACUACCAGAUCCUUACUGAUAUAAAGAUCCCUGAUGAUCAGAACUUCUUCUCUGAUGAUCCUCUGGAGAAGCAGUAUGUGUAUCUGCAAGCUCAAUUUCCAUCCAACACUCUGGAGAAAGUGGUCAUGGUCUCAUUCCAGACUGGAUAUAUAUUUGUACAGACAGACAAGCCCAUCUACACGCCUGGUAGCACAGUAAAUUACAGGGUCUUCUCCUUAACUCCUGAUCAACAUCCAUUUGAUGGAGUUUCUGUCUCAGUCGAUAUCAUGAAUCCUCAAGGCAUCACACUCGACAGAGAUAAAUUCCUACCAAGGGGAGGCAUCAGGACUGAAAACUUUCCUUUGCCUGAAAUUGCCAGUCCUGGGGUUUGGAAGUUGAUUGCAAAGUACACAAAUACACCACAAAAGAACUUCACUACUGAGUUUGAAGUUAUGGAAUAUGUGUUGCCGAGCUUUGAAGUGACCUUAUAUCCAAAAAAACCCUUCUUCUAUGUGAAUGAGCACUCUCUGACAGUAGACAUAUCAGCUAAGUACCUGUUUGGUAAUAAGGUUAGAGGAAGUGCUUUUGUGGUGUUUGGUGUGAUAGACAACGAGAAAAAAAUCAGCAUCGCUGCCUCACUGCAAAGGGUUCAGAUAUUUGAUGGAGAAGGACAGGCAGAGCUGACAAGACCAAUGAUCAAGGAAAACUUCCCAGACAUCCUCCAGCUAGUUGGGAAGUCACUUUACAUUUCAGCCAGUGUUUUAACAGAAACUGGCAGUGAAAUGGUGGAAGCUCACAGGAGAGGCAUUCCGAUUGUGACGUCACCAUACACCAUCCACUUCAAAAGAACCCCACAAUUCUUCAAACCUGGGAUGUCCUUUGAUGUCUCGGUGUAUGUAACAAAUCCUGACCAGACGCCUGCUAAAAAUGUGGAAGUGGAGGUCAAUCCUGGAGGUGUCAGAGGCAAAACUAGAGCCAAUGGCAUAGCGAAAGUUACCAUCAAUAGUCAGGGAGGAUCUUCCACACUGGAGAUCACUGCAAAGACCAAAGAUCCACAAUUAAGCGACGAUCAGCAGGCAACAAAAAAGAUGACGGCUCAGGCAUACAAGCCCAAAGCCGGCUCCAACAACUACCUGCACAUCGGCAUUGAUGCUGCAGAGCUUCAGAUCGGUGAUCAAAUAAAAGUCAAUUUGAAUCUGGGAAACAGCCCUGGAGUGAUAAACCAGGAUUUCACCUUUAUGAUCUUGAGUAAAGGUCAAAUUGUUCAAGCAGACAGGUUUAAGAGGAAAGGACAAGCUCUAGUGACUCUGUCUCUACCUGUAACCAAAGACAUGGUGCCAUCCUUCCGCUUCGUGGCUUAUUACCAUGUGGGCUCGUCUGAGGUGGUGUCUGAUUCAGUCUGGGUCGACGUGAAGGACACGUGCAUGGGAACGCUCAAAGUCGAGGUGAAGGACCAGGCGCAAUAUGGCCCUGGAGAUCAGCUCAGCCUGAAAAUAACAGGAGACCCUGGAGCUAAAGUUGGGCUGGUCGCUGUAGAUAAGGGUGUAUAUGUCCUUAAUGACAAGAACAGACUCACUCAGACUAAGAUCUGGGACAUCAUAGAGAAACAUGACACCGGGUGUACGGCAGGAAGUGGAAGGGACAGUAUGGGGGUUUUCAGUGAUGCAGGUCUGAUGUUUGAGUCACACACUGCAGGAGGAACAAACACCAGAACAAAUAAUGAGUGUACUGUCCCGUCUAAGAGAAAACGGCGAGACAAGAGUCUUCUGCAGUUAACCACUACUUUGGCUGGCAAAUACUCUGGGGAACUGAAGAAGUGCUGCGUGGAUGGCAUGCAAGAAAAUACACUUGGCUACACAUGUGAACGGCGAACCAGGUUCAUCUUAGACGAAGAGAACUGUAUCCAGGCCUUCUUGCACUGCUGCAGAGCGAUUACAAACUACUGGAUGGAGUACGUCCCGCCUAAGAGAAAACCGCGCGCCGAGAGUCUUCUGCAGUUGACCACUACUUUGGCUGGCAAAUACUCUGGGGAACUGAAGAAGUGCUGCGUGGAUGGCAUGCAAGAAAAUACACUUGGCUACACAUGUGAACGGCGAACCAUGUUCAUCGUAGACGAAGAGGACUGUAUCCAGGCCUUCUUGCACUGCUGCAGAGAGAUCACAAACCACUGGACGAAGUACUCCGGCGAGGAGGAGACAUAUCUGGCCCGCAGUGAGGAAGAUGAUUUUGAUGAUGAACCAGAUGACGUGUUGGUACGUACACAGUUUCCUGAAACCUGGCUCUGGGAGGAGAUCACUCUACCUACCUGUCCUUCAAACCAGUUAUGUGAUGAAACGUCUGCCUUAAGGACUGGAAUAUAUCUGAAAGACUCCAUCACAACCUGGCAGAUCACAGCCAUCAGCCUGUCCAAGACCCUCGGAAUAUGUGUGGCAAAUCCUUAUGAGAUCACCGUUAAGAAGGAUUUUUUUAUUGAUCUAAGGAUGCCUUAUUCAGUGGUGCGGAAUGAACAAGUGGAAAUAAAGGCUAUUGUUCACAAUUACAGCAAUCAGAAGAUUAAAUCAGUGCGUAUCAAAUUCAAGACGUCGGAGGGUAUUUGCAGCAGCGCCAGAAAGAAGCAGAACAAUAAGAUAACAGUUGCCGUUGGCCCCAUGUCCUCCAUAGCCGUUCCUCUCAUCAUCAUCCCCAUGGAUAUCCAUGACCAAUGGAUUGAAGCUGAAGCAUACAGCUCAAAUCGCAAUGACGCGAUUAGAAAGAAUCUGAAGGUGGUGUCUGAAGGUGUGUUAACCGAAGUGGAAGAGCGAGUUGUGGAGAUCAACCCCUCCGAGCACCCAGGUGGCGUGCAGGUCGUGGCGAUGAGGAGUGACAUCCCACGUCGAAAGGUUCCCAACACUCCUGCUUCCACACUGAUCACAGUGAUAGGUGAAGAGAUAACGCGCACAGUCGAGGAGGCCAUCAGUGGACAAUUUAUGGGUCAGCUCAUUGUCCAGCCCCGUGGAUGUGGAGAGCAGACCAUGAUCUUUAUGACUCUCCCUCUCAUUGCCACUCAUUAUCUGGACAGCACCAAGCAGUGGGAGGCUGUUGGCAUGGAGCGCCGUAGUGAAGCCGUUAACCAUAUCAACACAGGUUAUCAGCUGGAGUUGACCUUCCGUAAAUCUGACGGGUCCUAUGCUGCCUGGUUACACCGGCCGAGCAGCACAUGGCUGACAGCAUAUGUGGUGAAAAUGUUCGCGAUGGCCAGCGAUCUGAUCGUCAUAGAGGAGAAUGUGAUCUGCAGCGCCCUCAAGUGGCUGACCACAAACAAACAGCUGGCAGACGGCACGUUUAAAGAAGACGCCCCUGUGAUUCACAGCGAGAUGGUUGGUGAUGUACGGGGAAAAGACGCUGAUGCCUCACUAACUGCAUUUGUCCUUAUUGCCAUGCAAGAGGGGCACAAGAUCUGUGCUAAAUCUGUCGAAAGUCUUCAGAACAGUAUAAACAGAGCCGUUAAUUACCUGGAGCUGAGAGUUCACAGUCUGACCAGCACUUAUGCUGUCGCUAUGACUUCUUACGCUUUGGCCCAUGCUGGAAAACUCAAUAUAGACAUCCUGAUGAGUCAUUCCACCGAAAGCAAAGAUGGCAUAUAUUGGCAAGUUCCUGGGCAGCACCAUCACUCUCUAGAGGCCACAGGUUAUGCAGUUCUUGCCCUGGUGAUAGCGAAGGAUUUUGAGAGAGCCGGAAAGGCAGUGCGUUGGCUGGGAAAGCAACAAACCCGCUACGGAGGUUAUGGCACCACACAGGCAACAGUCAUGGUGUUCCAAGCCGUGGCUGAGUAUCGCAUCCAGGUUAAGAAGGUAGACAUUAAUUUGGACCUGGAGCUUGCUGUGCAGGAGAGAUCAAAUAACAAGAGGAUCGCUAUAAGACAGUCCAACUUAAAUCUUGCACGCUCGGACAAGUUUGACAUUACGAAGAGCUUCAACAUCACCGCUCAAGGGACUGGGGUGGCCAUGCUCUCGGUGUUUUCUCUGUAUUAUGCUCUGCCUGAAGAGAAAGACGAUGACUGUAAUGCGUUUGAUCUCAGUGUGAACAUGGAAAAACAGCAUGACGUGUCCUAUGAUGGAGCCACUGAAAGUUAUCGACUUACCAUUGAAUACAUUUUCAAGGACCCGUUAAGAAGCUCAACCAUGUCUAUUUUGGACAUUGGCCUGCUGACAGGGUUUAAAGUGGAUGAACGUGAUCUUUCAAAGUUAUCUUCUGGUAAAGAUAAGUACAUUCAGAGCUUUGAGUUGAACAAGGAGCUGUCAGAGCGAGGAUCUCUUAUCAUCUACAUAGAUAAGAUUUCUCAUAAAGAGACGGAAAGAAUUGUUUUCAGAGUUCACAAGAUCAAUGAAGUAGGAAUGCUGCAGCCUGCCGGUGUCACUGUGUACGAGUACAACGCUCCAGAUAAGCGUUGUGUGAAGUUCUACCAUCCUCAUAAGAGAGACGGUGCAUUGAACAGACUCUGCAGUGAGGAGCUGUGCCAGUGUGCGGAAGAGAACUGCAGUUUGCAAAAGAAUGAACACAUUGAUGAGGAGAACCGUGAAGAAAAGGCCUGUGAACAUGAAGUGGAAUACGUUUAUAAAACCAGGCUGUUGCAAAUGAGCUUCUCACUGCACGCAGACAUCUAUAACAUGACAGUUGAACAAGUGCUGAAGGAAGGCACUGAUCCAGAUGCGGAAGGGAAUAUGAGGUCGUUCUUGGCUCAUCCUUACUGUAGAGACUUUCUGAAAUUUGAAAAAGGCAAAACGUACCUGAUCAUGGGCCAAACCAAGACCCUUCCAAAGAUUGGUGGAAAGUUGCGGUACCACUUGGGUGAAGACACUUGGAUUGAAUACUGGCCGUCAGACAAGGAAGGCCAGACGAAAGAACAUCGAGAAAAGUAUAUUGGCAUCACCUCGCUCGCCCACAAGCUCAGCCAAUUUGGAUGCUCCACAUAAGCAUUUUCAUGAGCUGAAAUUCAUUUACUAUUCUAAAACAGCCUUACAGCCACAACUUAACAAGCUUUUAAUUCUAGUAGGGCUAUAUUUCCAGAUUUACAAGCAUUUACAGCCUUUUUGUUUGAAAGUUCAUGCAGUAUGCUCAAUUAAAUUAGUUCAACAUAAUGUCUAUCAACUAAAAUAUAAUCAUUUAAAGCCAUUUGUCAAAUAAAAUUUACAAACAUACAA